AUGAUGGUUUCGCAUCUACGCUGCAACGACUUUGAUUCUGCCGCGGUUAACGCUGUCGCGGAUCCCGUCGCAGGCGACGGAAACGACUCUCACGUCUCAGAUGCGACGAACAGUCGUUCCUCCUUUGGGUUCCCCGUUUCCCUAUUCCUUUGCCCCAUUCUGUUUCCUGUCUUCCGACCUUACUACCUACCUCCGCGUUCCCUCAUCUCCCCCGCUGCCCCCCACCUCUUCCCCUCCAAAACCCCCGAGCAGCAUCCCAAGGAGAAGUACCACCCGCUGGGCUCGGCGCGCAUUGCGCUGCUGGGGCUGCAGCGCGUGCGCGUGGUGGUGGUUCCGCUGGGGCGCGGGCGGCCAGGCCUGCAGCCCAAGGACCCCUGCUCCCGCCGCUCGCUCUUGGGGCGCUCUGGGCGGGGGCGGUGGCGCAAGGGUGCGGGGAAAGCGCAGGGGCAAGGGGGAAAGCAAGGGGAGGGGGCGGGGGAGGAGCAAGGGCAGGGGCAAGGGAAUGGUCAAGGACAUGGGCAAGGGCAAGAGUUAGGGGCGGAUCAGGGGAAAGGGGAAGGGCAUGGGCAGGAACAAGGGCAGGGUCAAGGGAAAGGGCUAGGGGAAACGCAGGGGAAUGCGGAGGGGCGAAUGCUGCAGGAGGGGGAGGAAGCACCACAACAGCGGCUGUGGGGAGACCAGGCGCAGCGGACGGGGGAAUCGAGUGAGAGGGGCAAUGCAAGGGAUGGGGAAGCAAGCACGGGCAUAGAUGGAGGGCUUGUGGUUGUCACUGCGGUUGGUGAAAAGGUUGAGGUGAGAGGUGGGAAAUUGCACGAGGUUGAGGAGAGAGAGGGUGAGGUAAGAGAGGGCGAGGAAUGUGUGGAGAACGGAGUCGAACAAGAAGGAAGCAGGGGUGUAGGAGCGAAUGGGCCUGUAUUGGUUGAGCAACAGGGAGGAGAAACAGCAAAUGGGGCAUUAACAGGUGAUUCAAGCUUCGAUCUAAGCUUUGACCUCCUGCCGUUUGCUGCUGCUGAUGGGGCUGAGAGUGACGAUGGCAGGGGUGACCAUCAUGCUGACGGGAGCAGUGCAGUUGAUGGUGGUAGUAUGUGGUGUGAGGACAACAUUGAUCCUUGGCAGUUUGGUUGCCUGUCCACGAUCGAAGCUGUGGUGUAUGCCUUACAGAUUCUUGAGCCAGAUAAUCGGGUAAAGCUGGAUGAGCUGUUGGAAGUCUUUAACUCCAUGGUCAUAGAUCAGGUGAGGUGUAUCUCUUGA